AUGUCAGAGAAAUGCAACUACGAACUGAAACCCAAGAUAGUCAUAUACGCUGAUUUGGAUUCAAAGGAAUUUGCAUCAUGGCUCCGCGAAGUUGAAGAUGUGGUUGGGCACUGUGAAUAUCACUUUCUCCUACGGUUUUGGCUUCCAUCACGGAUGAAUCCCGAGAGUGAUGACCUGCGUCCGAGCCUCCAAGGCUUUACCGUACAAGCAGCUCUCAAAAACACAGAAUAUAAAGUCAUUGAUGAUCGAGUGUUCUCUACGAAGCUUUUUCAGGACUGCCGUUAUGGCGAGACGGCGUGCGAUUCCCCCGCCCCGGAAUUCGAAAAUGAUGAAUACGAGUGGUCGGAGGCAAACUCAAAUGCGUCUGAGGAGUACACGGGAUUACAAGCAUUUCGGUUUUUAACCAGGAGCGACAAAGGUGAUCUUGAUGAUGCUCUCAAGCGUUUGCAGGCUUUCACUGAAGACACACCUUCAGUUCUUAGCUCCAACAGGUUUACAGAUCAGGAAUCAUACGAUAAAACUGAAGAGAAACGGGUGCUGGCGGCUGUUCGUCGUUUUCGUGAGCAAUUUGGUGAGAAUGACUGCCUUUUUAUCAAUGAUCGGUCCUUCGACGUUGGGUCGCUGACGCAGGGCACAGAGGAGCUUCUGCGGUGCCUGUCGGUCACAUCAGUCGCAGAAAUGAAACUAAGGAUGCUAUCAGAGGAGAAUGGCGAACACCGGAUUCCUAUCCAAACCUCCGGACCAUCAUCUGACAGCAGCAAUCGUCUCCGUGUGAAUCUGGACGUGCAAAACUCGUUGAAAUCUUCAUUGGUAUGGGUUAAUGACUUGCUGAAAGACUCUCGUUAUCGCAAGUGGAAGCCAUUGAAUGUGCGAAGUGAGGAUGAUGUCAUGGGGUUCAAGACAGAAGUCAAGAGAACAAGAAGUGACAAGGGAUCUGAUGAGGAUCACCUCCAGCUUGUAAAGGUGAAAGCUCAUCAUCUUUCACUCACAAUCUUGCUUGAUCCAGGUGACCCGCAACAAUUUCCAUAUACCGGAAUCCCGCAGUCUGUCGUGCAUGCUGAUUUGCCAAUUCAUGUCGGCAUGGCUCUCAUUCCCAAUGGGCAAGUAUCUUCUCUAAUCACUGCAACGUUCCAUUAUUUCUUGCGCAUGAAGGGGCGAAAAACAGGAUUUCGCUUUUUGCAAAUGAUCCAGCAAAUACUACAAUACAUGGGCGGCGGAUAUCAGCAGGUUGAACUAUCGGAACAGGUUGUAGAGCUAGCCUUCAAGCAAAUCGCUCCAGAAAUCGAGGGUGGCUAUGGAUCUGCAAGAGAGACCUUGGAUGGAGAUGAAGAGAUUGGGGGCAUAUUAGACGAAGCUCGGACUUUUGCGGAGGAAAAUGGCUUGUUGGCAAACGCGAGUCGUGCGAAAGACCGUUCGAAAGAAAACGACUCAAAGUUGUUUUCCAUGCUUGGGAUAUUCAAUGGGAUUGUCCUAAAGGAUAUUUCCGCUGAUGUCAUCCGCAUCGCUAUUGUCGAACAAGAACGAAUUUCUGCGUUAUUGGGCUCUUCCUCCCUAGAGAGCGACUUGGUCGACUCCAAGAUUGGGGGUUGGGUUGAAGCAGACUCGUCAUUGAUCGUUGUGGAGAGCUUGAGUGAGGAGAUGAAAGCUGGGGAUGAGAGAGUAUCUCAGAUCAAGACGAAAGGAGAGCUCACGCGAAUAUCGGGGACAGUGCUGUUUUCCGUGAGGCACGAGCUUGAAGAGCUGCGAUACGAGCAAUCCGUUUCGUCAGGGAACGUGAAAAGAGAACCUAUGAUUACAGUUUGGUUGGUUGCAUCAGACCAAUCUUCGACCGAGUUCAAGUCUGCAUCAUCUCUUAUGAAUCAGCUUGCGAAGUCUAAAUUUGCAGAGAGAACAAGGUCAAGGUUUGCUUUAAUCAAUCCAGAGCUACUUCUGCACAGGAAGGCAUUAGAAGCUUCAUCAAAUGGAGACGGCUUGGCUGAUAUUGUUUUUGUGAUCAACGGUAGAAUCUUACCCUUUUCCAAAGCACCGUCUCUCGGUGAGCUGAAAACCGAAGUUGCGUCGGAGUAUAAAGACAUGCCGCCGGCACAACGUUCUGCUGACACUGAGCUGAUUCGGUCGAUGCUCAUGAAGGAUGUUGCUCAAGCGUGCACCUCACAGCAGAGUAGUGCCGCAGGCACUGGUCAUGUGGACUUUGGUGACUUUGCGAAUGCUGUGUCCUCUAGCAACCUCUCCGAGUACAUGUUCUCCUCUGAAGGCGAUCAAAAGCGACAGGCAGAUACAGCCCUUCGAAUCUCCGCUGUGGUCAAUCCGAUCGGUCAACGUCCGUACAUUCUCUCAAGUUUGUUGAUGGCUAUGCGAGAAGUGUAUGGCCGAAAGGAUAUGUUUAUGACGUUGGCGAUUGUCCCGUUAGAAAAGCAAAUGCAGAUGAAGCAUCAUGUUUCGUCAACAUACUCAAAAUUUGUUCUCGGCAUCCCUCAGACUUCAGACGCGGUUGGUGGAAUUGCAAAUCGUCUGACGGCUUUAUUUCGUCGCUUGCCCAUCGCGAGGGUACUGACCUUUGCGGUCAUUCCGCCGAGACCCUGGUUUGUCUCAUCGUAUUCAACGAACUAUGACAUGGAUAACGUUUUGCUACCUACAAGUGGAGCAAAGAGACUUCACGCUGAAUACGAAAUCAAGAGCUUAAUCGUAGAAGGCUCGUGCAUUGACGAAGACGACAAACCACCACAGGGGUUGAAACUCAUUCUAGAGAAUGGGAACGGAAUCUCCGUGGAUACUCUUGUCAUGGCAAAUCUGGGAUAUUUUCAGUUGAAAGUGCCAACUCCAGGGCGUUGGUUCUUACGUUUGGCCCCUGGUCCGAGCGCUGAGAUCUUUUCCUUGAGAAUCAUGGAAAUGUAUACUGGUAUGGUGAAGUCGAUUUACACUGUCGACAGCGAAGGUCGAGUUCCGAUUCUUGUUGCAUCUCUAAGCGGGGCCGGGGGCAUACUGCUACGCGUUGAACGGAAGCCAGGGAUGGAAAAUAUGUCCGUCUUGGACCCGAACAGGAUAAAGGGAGAUACGAAGAGCCUCACAGAGCGGUUGAAGACGAGCAUAUCUUCCAUGUACAAGGUUACGGCGCCGAAAUCCUCACCAGUGCGCAUUUUGGAAAGGGACGGUGGUUAUAUUCACGUAUUUUCAGUUGCAUCGGGGCAUCUGUAUGAGCGAUUCUUGAAAAUCAUGAUGUCGAGUGUAACGAGACAUGCGAGCAGGCCUGUGAAGUUUUGGCUACUGGAAAACUAUUUGUCUCCGUCCUUCAAGAAAAUGCUACCGCUGUUUGCGAAACAGCUAGGAUGUGAGGUUGGUAUGGUAACGUACAAAUGGCCUGGAUGGCUGCGAGCACAAACGGAGAAGCAAAGGAUCAUCUGGGCUUACAAGAUCCUGUUCCUUGAUGUUCUCUUUCCUCUAGACGUCAGUAGAGUCAUAUUCGUUGACUCAGAUCAAGUGGCUCGCGGUGAUCUUGCAGAGCUGAUGGAUAUCGACUUAGAAGGAGCGCCAUAUGGAUACGUCCCAUUUUGUGAUUCGAGAAAAGAGGUAGAAGGAUACCGAUUUUGGAAGCAAGGAUUUUGGAAGGAAACGUUGCGCGGCGCAAAGUAUCGAAUUUCGGCAUUAUACGUUGUUGAUCUUGCGCGCUUCAGAGAGACAGCUGCAGGAGACACUCUUCGGUAUAUUUAUCAGAGCCUCAGUGCAGACCCGAAUUCAUUGUCCAAUUUGGAUCAGGAUUUGCCAAAUUAUGCCUCAGCUGGCUCGCUUGGUGCAGGCGCAAGUGUACCAAUUUUUGACCUGCCCGCCGAGUGGCUGUGGUGUGAGAGCUGGUGUGACGAUGAGAGCAAGAAAACCGCAAAGACGAUCGACCUGUGCAACAAUCCGAUGACGAAAGAGCCUAAGCUUGAAAGCGCAAAACGGAUUAUUAGCGAGUGGGAAGAGUACGACGAUGCUGCCAGUCGUAUGACGGAAGAAAUUUACGAGCGCCUUGCGGGUGCGACGGUAGAUUUAACGAUUCAGACGUCGCGUGUAGGAACUUGCGAUGCCAAAGGGCCUUGCACACCUCCUGAGGACACAGCGAAGGACGAGUUGUAGUUGAACGCGUAGGUUUCUCCAUUAAAGACGGACUGGGUGUGAAAUUUUUCCACUAAGGGACGAUUGCACGCUUGCCGAGCGCUAUUAAAACA